AUGCUUCCAGAUGAAUUACCUCAAGAUCAUUUUAUUGGAAACAUUCCAAAACAGAUACCCAAUUUUCCAUUUCUUAAUAUACUCGAUUCAUCAGUCAGUUCUACAUUAGUCGAUUCAAGUGGAUUUUUAUUACGUUUAUUUCGAGUAACAGACAAUGGUGAGUUUUAUACACAGACUUUAAUUGAUCGUGACAAUGCUGACCAAUUAUGUGGACCAUUAAAUUGUUGUCAUUUAAUUGUAUGCAAUUUGACAGUUGAUGUACUGUUUUUUCAUCCAGGCUCUACAUCAAUCACAGUUCAUAUAAAUUUACAAAUACACGAUGCUAAUGAUAAUCCACCCUAUUUUCCACAACAGACAUUUUCAUUAUGGAUACCAGAAGAUAAUCGAUUAAAGUAUACUGACUUAGAUAUACAAAAUCUGCAUAGACCUUUGUAUGGAUUACCGUUAGCUGUAGACAUUGAUUCUGCGCCAAAUGGUGUUGUACAAUACAGAAUACACGGUAGUAUUCCUGUUACUUCAACAUUCCAAAUUUAUAGUAAUUUAAGUACUGAAAAAUUGAGUCUUUCUAUCAAACCAGGCAUAUUUCUUGACUACGAUAAAGUUGACCAACGAAUUUAUAAACUAACAAUUGAAGCUAUCGAUGGUGGUCAUCCUUCUCGUACUGGUAGAAUGCUUGUCCUUGUACAUAUAACAGAUGUAAACGAUAACAUACCUGUAUUUAAAAAAUCAAAGGAUUCUAUAAAAAUACCUGAGAACACUAUGUUUCAAGAGCCUAUAUAUAAAGUACAGGCUACUGAUGCUGACUCCGAUGAUAACGGUCUUAUAAAGUAUACAUUUGCACCGGCAAAUCCAACCAUACCAACUUCUGUCAUUGAAAAAUUUAAUUUUCAUUCUAAUACAGGUGAAUUGUACUUUCGAGAUGUUUUGGAUUAUGAAACAUUUCAAGAAAGGCAGAUAGAAUUAUUAUUUGUUGCUUAUGACACUGGAGAUCCUCCGCUAUCCGCUACAGCUCAGUUGACGAUUUACCUACAAGAUAUUAAUGAUAAUCCACCUCAGUUAGUUGUGCAGCUGAAUAACACUAUAAAAGAGAAUAGUGAACCUGGUCAACUAGCUCUCCGCGUUAUGAUUCGUGAUAAAGAUGAAGUAUCUCGUGACAUGGUUGAAUGUCGUGCAGAUGCAGACCAAAAUGUCCCAUUAAAAAUGACUGUUUCUCCCGAGAAAACUAUGUUGACUAUCAUAACAACAGAUUCAGUUGAUUAUGAGGCUACUCCGAGAUUACACUAUGCCAUUACCUGUUUAGAUGAAGCUAGUCCGAAGCAGAUGCGACAGUUCAAUCUAACUAUUUCUGUGGGUGAUGUAAAUGAUAACGCGCCAAAGUUUAAAUCUUCCACAUUCGCUCCAAAAAUUGGUCACUAUAAAAUUUGUUGA